AUGACCAGGGUGGGAUCUCCACUGGUUGGAGCGGCAUCCCAGGCCACUGGCUUGCCACCAACUGGAUUGGAAACUAUAGAAGAAAAAAAACCAUCUUCUUCUCAACCUAAAAACAAGAAGUUAUACACCAAGGACCUGUCUGGUUACAACCUGUUCUGCAGGGAUCAGUUAAAGAACAAGGGAAGCCUGAAAGAUAUUACGCAGAAAUGGUCCACUUUGGCAGAAGAGCAGAAGAGGCAAUAUGCGGAGGAGGCAGCAGCUCUAAAAGUUCAGCGCACUUCAGAUGACAUGAGCCCAGAUAUGCGAUGCCUGAAAUUGAAGAAGCACCUAAAGCAGAUGAAAAUAGAGGUUGCCAGUCUUGAGAAGCUUGGUGUAGAGACUGGUGUAAUGAUGUAUGACCAUCAAAAGCCUUUCUUAGAAGUCCUAGAAGUGAGCAGCAAAGGUGCUUCUUCGUUCUUCGACAGUACCGACGUACUGGACAACUUUGCACUGCAUUUCAAAGGAAAAUCAUCAUCUACUUCUGCUGCAAAAGAACCGGUUGAUCAAAUGGUUAAGAAAGUGCAGGGGCUCUUCAACAGGAAAUACAAUGAAGCGGGAGGCAGAGGAAGGCUCCCGUACAUCUCCAUUCAAAAUGAAAGCAUAAUUAUCAACGCUUUUGGUCUACCUGAUGGCAUCACUCUCAAAAAACCAUGCCACUAUGGACGUAAACAGUUAGAAGUCAUUUUAAAUAAUGCGGCGAACAUUUCCUUUAAAAUUAAUGAAAAGACUGUUGAAGAAUCAGUUGUAACAUCUGACACUGGAGUGGUGAUAACUGCAAAUGACCCCGGGAGGACAAUUAGGACACAAUGUGGAAGACAUUUUGAAUGGAAUGUGUGCCAAAUGGAAAAUAUGUAUUCCGGAUGA